GCGGCGAGGAAUGGCUUCCUCAAAGAGGCGCCGGACGAGCACCUCGCCGUCGGCCACCGCCACCACCACCACCACGACCUCCUCCACAAACACUGCCUCGGCGUCGCCGUACUUCCUGCCGGAGCUGAUCCCGUCGGUCGCGAGCCGCCUGACGACCCUCCAGGACUUCUUCGCCCUCCGCGCCGCCUGCCGCGCCUACCGGGAUCUCCUUCGGCCGUCGCCGGCCAACCUCGCCUCCCAGGCUCCGCUCCUCCUCUUCCCCCGCAUGGCCUCUGCCUCGGGGGCCCUCUUUCACGUCCCCCUCCGCCGCAUCCUCCGCUUCCGCCUCCCCUGCACCGACCACAGCCUCACCGAGUUCUACUCCUCCGGCUACCGCGUCGCCAUCCAGGACCGCGACCGCUAUGACACCCACCGCGAGCUCCGCAUCCGCCACCUCCUCACAGGCGAGCGAGCCCGCCUGCCCGAUUCCCCGGAACCGUGCUACUCUGAAGAAGUCGUCUUUUCUGGCGACCUCGUUGUCACCUUCAGGAAGCUCUGCCGCGUCCUCUACUACUGCCACAUUGAGGAUGAUCACUGGCAGGCAGCGCGCUGCGAUGUAGGCCACCUGGUUUACGAUCUGAUGUUCGUGAAAGGCACCCUCUAUGCGCUGAUUUACAAUCACCCACAUUACCGCCUCGCUGUCGUCGAGCUUGACAAGAACUCUGCGGUAUUGUCGUUUCUUGGAGAUAAAUUGAGUGUGCCGGACGAUAAUUGUCCAAGGUUCUGGCUAGCGGAGCGGUGUGGUGAGUUAUUGCUCAUUGUAAGGGUGGAGUACAAUCCAUGGGUGUACCAUGUUUUCUGUCUGCAAUCCGGGGAGGGGAAGUGGGUGAGGACUACUAGCCUUGGUGGUUGCAGCUUGUUCUUUAAUUGGCAUGAGUUUGCCGGUUGCCUUGGUCCAGACCAUCCGGCAGUUCGAGGGGACUGCUUGUACUUCACUGGGUACUCUGGGAAGUGGAGCGAGUAUUCUUUGGUUGAUGGGUCUUAUCAUGAAUUCGUUAUAGACCACCCAGGGCGAACUGAGGAUUAUGGGUCUCCGGUUUGGGUCCUUCCAAGCAUUUCCUGAUGCAGUACAAUGGGGUAUCAUAACUGUCCAGAAGCUCUCAAGGAGAGAAAUUAACCUGCGAAGCAAACUGCGCUUCGGGUUGAUCAAAGUUGGCUAUUGGAUGCAACAUUAUUGUGGUGGCACCAGAAAUCUUGGACAAGGGGCCGUUCUAGUAUAACCGUAUUUUUAUUUUUCGAGAUAGCGAACUGCUCAUGCCAACUGGGGUCUAUAACAGUAUGUUUGGAGUACCAUUAUGAUGUGUCUAUAACAGUAUGCUUGGGCUCUAGAUGCUUUGUGCCUGUGGUCUGUAUGUAACAUGAUGGUGAAGAGAAUUGUGGUAUUUUGGUUUGGCUGGUUAGUAGUAGUGCUUCAUUCAGCUGU